AUGUUGUUGAGGCCGCGAGUGAUUUCGCACUCAUGUCAUUAUGUUCCGGGAGGAGGUGACGGGGAGUGGCAGUGUUUCCUUACCUUUUCUUGAUUCUUGAUGGAUUUGGCGGGAAUUUUGGAUCACGACCGAUCAGAAAAGCCUACGGCAUUGCUGAAUAGAUUGCGGAAAUUCUUGCCUGAAAUUGCAACUGCAAACACUAACUUGAGUAGUGCUACAGAAUGCGAUAUUGAAAUAAUUGCUGUGGAAGAUGGAAGCGAUGCAUCCUCACUCACGGAUUCGGACGACGAAUCGGAAGCUAAGGCGGAGCAACCACACAUAGUAAUGGAUGUUACUACUGUAAUGGAAGAUGCACCCAUUCGCAUGGUACUAAGUGAUAGCGAUUCUGAUCUUAAUGAUGAUACACGACAGGUUUUACCAGUUGGUUUUCAGACUAAGGAACCGAUACGGAAAAGGAAACGGCAGCAUUUUAUUGAAGAAGUUACUGAAGGAUACAUGGCUAGUAAAGUGAUCAGCAAUGACCAGGAAAAAUCUGUAGAAUCAAGAAGAAUUGAGGACUGA